ACAUUACCAGAGAUAAGUGUAGGAGAUUGGACAAAUACUAGUCAUAGAACGAAAGCUUCCUGUCAAAGCCACCUUUUUCCUAAUUCUUCUUCUUCCUCCUCCAUCUCCAUGUCUGAUGAAUCUAAAGACCUUUUCUACCAUUACCUAUUUCGAGAUAAUCAGCAUCUUGAAAGUGGGACUGGCAGCCGAUCAUACAAUGAAAAGCCUCCUUACAAUAAUUAUUCACAAGGAUUUGAUGAUCCUUCUUAUAAUUACAUGAGCAGCUUCAAUGAUCAUCAGUGGUCACGGCCUUCAUCAUCCCAAGUAUUUGCUUCGGUUGAAAGCAAUCUGAAGCCUAGGGAAGUUGGAGAUUUAGGUCAUGCUGCUGGUAGUAGUGAUGUUCUUGUGACUGCAAACUCUUCGAUGUCUUCCUCUUCAACUGAGGCUGGUGCUGAAGAAGAUUCAGAUCAUCACAAGAGUAGCAAAGAUAGGCAACCAAAAGAAUUGGAAGAUGGAGGGGAAAGCUCUAAGAAAGUGCCGAGCAAAGCAAAGAAGAAAGGAGAGAAAAAGCAAAGGGAUCCAAGGUUCGCUUUCAUGACCAAGAGUGAGGUUGAUCAUCUGGAAGAUGGAUAUAGAUGGAGAAAAUAUGGACAGAAGGCUGUCAAGAACAGCCCUUAUCCAAGGAGCUAUUACAGGUGUACAACUCAGAAGUGCACAGUCAAGAAACGAGUUGAGAGGUCAUAUCAAGAUCCAACCAUUGUGAUAACGACAUAUGAAGGUCAGCACAACCACCCAAUUCCCGCAACGCUUAGAGGAACUAGUAAUACUGCGGCUGCAGCAAUUUUCUCACCUUACAUGUUCACACAGCCGACAGCAGCAGCAAGACCAGUACCAACAUUUCCUCAACACUAUUUUGCGGCUCAUGCUCAGAUCAUGCAGCCUGCUCAAAUAAUGAAUAGCCAGCAGCAAAAUCCAGUACUACCUAACAGCCCUCAUCAUGAUCAUCAACUUCCUGACUGCGGAUUAUUACAAGACAUGAUAAUUCCCUCGAUGUUCCUUGAACAAUAUAAUUAUGAUCCAUGAAUUAGAGCUAAUGUUUCUUCCUUUCUCGAUUGGUUUCUCUCGUUGACGAACAAUUUCUAGAUACGUAACUAUGUUUUUCUCCAGUACUUCUUGUUGUUCCCGAGAAGGCGGCCACUUUGACACACGCUAGCUAGCUUGGUUUAGAAGUAAAGUUGAAAUAUCUUUUGAUUAUUGAAGUUAACAAUUUUUCUUGAAUUGCCCCUCUGGGAAAUGCAUGGAAGAAGAUCACGAGGUUUGGUACGCGCGUGGCAUGGUGUAGUUUAGUGAUUUUGGACAACAAAAAGGAAAAAAAGGAACAUGUACGACACAUGAUUCAGUGUAAUCUGAGCUUGUAGUACGUACUAUACAUCCUAGCUAUACGGUGUAUGUAUAAUCCUUUUGUGAUUUUCAAGUAGGAGAGAUUCUUCCUCCGUUUUUCCUUUGAUUUGUUCAAUUAAAGGGUCUUCUUUGCCUUUGAA